GAUAUCAGAAGCGAACAAGGAAGUCUGACACCAAGGACUGGAUGUCAGGCUAAACUACUACAAAACUACAUCUCCGCCGGAUAGUAGUCAUCUGCCCGUCAGCUGUGAGCUACAUCGGCGUGACAAGAUGUUUAAAAAGCUGAAGCAGAAGAUUAACGAGGAGCAGUCACCGCAGAGGAAUGCGCAGUCACAACAGCAGGCCCAGAUGGGCAGUGGAGACAGCCGCAGCAGUCAAACCCCGCCGUUUCUUCACGAUGGCUCACCCGUUCCCAGUGACAGAGAGAUGCUGGCCGGGAUGAUAGCAGAGCCCGCUUUUCUCUCUGAGUAUACUAUCUUUGCUCUGGACCAUUCAAAACGACCCAAAACGGCCCAGGUAGCCAGUGUGACCGCCCCUAAAGGACCAGCACGAUCUCCCAGAGGUAGCAUCAAUGGGGAUGGAAGUGUCUCUCCUCAUAGAGAGGAGACUCAGUCGUUUGCCCAGAAACUGCAGUUAAGAGUUCCCUCAAUGGAGUCGUUAAUCCGUGGUGGUGCCAGUCGGGCAGAAAACCUGUUCCGCUCUCCCUCGAAAGAAAACCUGGUCCGAAGCUCAUCGCGUGACUCCCUGACACCUUUGGGAGAGAACGACUCCCCAGGCGCCCCCACAUAUGACCCCCCCUCAGAUAUUGAGAGUGAGGCUGAGGAGCCACCAGGAAGUGCAGAGUCCCUUUCCAAAGAGCAGCUGCUGCAUCGGCUGCUCAGAGUGGAGAGGAGCCUGGGGAAGUACAGAGGGAAGUACUCAGAGCUGGUUACUGCAUACCGUACAGUACAGCGAGAUAAAGAAAAAACACAGGUCAUCCUCAGUCAGAGUCAAGAUAAAGCUCUCCGCAGGAUAGGGGAGCUGCGGGAGGAGCUUCAAAUGGACCAACAGGCCAAGAAACACCUACAAGACGAGUUUGAUGCUGCGCUGGAAGAGAAAGACCAGAUGAUCACUGUACUGCAGACACAGGUUGCUCUUUUGAAGAAACGAGUUAAAGGGUUUUCUGAGGGUGCUGUGCCACCUGAGGGUGACGUCCCGCAGUCUGAAGAUGCAGAUUCAGACUCAACCUCUUCCACACAAAGUCCUUUGAAGGAGCAAGGAGUAGAGGCCGAAGUCACCGAGGGAGAGGGCAACAGUGAUCCAACCAAACUUAUGGAGGCUCUGCAGAAGAGAGUGAAGAGGCAGGAAAACCUCCUGCAGAAGUGCAAAGAUGUGAUGAGAACACACAAGGAGCGGGGCAUCCAGCUGGGCAGUGAGAAUGAAGCUCUGCAGGAGCAGCUGCAGGAGAGACUGCAGGAGCUGGAGAAGAUGAAGGAGCUGCACACAACAGAAAAGACAAAGCUGAUCACUCAGCUGCGUGAUGCCAAGAACCUCAUUGAACAGCUGGAGCAGGACAAGGGAAUGGUAAUUGCUGAGACAAAGCGCCAGAUGCAUGAGACCCUGGAAAUGAAGGAAGAGGAGGUUGCUCAGCUCCGCUCCAGGCUCCAGCAGGUUACUGCCCAGAAAGAAGAGCUACAGGAGCAGAAAGAAAAGGCUGAGAAAUCAGCGUUUGAAGAACUUGAGCGAGCGCUGGGUGUAGCUCAGAGGGCAGAGGAGGCCCGUAAACAGCUGCAGGUUCAGCUGGAGGAGCAAGUGAAAGAGGUUGAAAGGGCCAGCGAGGAAGAGAGGAAGACUCUGCAGCAGAAGCUCACAAAGGUCAAACAGGAGGUCGUCGCCAUCAUGAAGAAAUCAUCGGAGGAGACGGUGGCCAAUAUGGAGAAACUCCACAGUGAGGCUCUGGCUGCCAAAGAAGAAGAGAUGAAUGCCAGAAUCAACAAAGCUGUGGAGCAAUGCAAAGAGGAGUUUGCGCGAUUGGGCAAGGAGCGAGAACAGCAGUCCUCUCUGGCUCUGGAGGAUGUAGAGCUACAGAAGACAGCUCUGAGGACUGAAGCUGAUAACAAGGUUAAGGAGAUUCAGUUGGAGCUGGAAGCUGCAAGAACUAGAGUAUUGGAGUUGGAGAGCUCUCUGGAGAAGAUCUCACAAGACGGAUCAAGUCUGUCCCAUGAACUUUCCAGUCAGCUGGAGGAACUGAAGGAUAAACACAAGGAGCAAAUCUCCGCAUUAGAGGAAAAGCACCGGGAGGAGCUGGAAAAGCACAAGGGCAUCCUAACCCAGCAGAAUAAUGCUGCUCUUGAGCUCAAGGAGAAACACAGAGUUGAAGUGGAGACCCUUCUGAAAGAUAAAGAACUGCAGUUCCAAGCACAUGUUGAAGACAUGAACCAGAAGACUUUGGAGAAACUGGAUGCAAAGCAGGCAGAGCUAGAGGCAGUUUCCGCAGAGCUUUCCGAGGCUUUGAAGAGUAAACAGCUUCUUGAGGAGAAGCUGGUGGCAACUGAAGAUGCUCAUCGUGUGGCUCAACAGGAAAACGAAAAGCGGGUUCAAGAUCAGGUGGAAAAGCACAAUGUAGAGCUUAAAAAUAUCAAACAGGAGCAAGAGCAGUCCCUUGGUACAGAGAAAACCCUGAAGGAGGAGCUGAAUGCGUUGAAGAUUGUUUUAAAGGAAAGGGAAAAGGAAAUUAAAGACCUUGUCCUAAAAGAAAAAACACUACAAGAGGAGUCACAUUCCACGGUACAAGAAUUAAAUGUCAAGGUUAAAGAAUUGGAGGAGCUGCAGCAGCGUUUGUCACAAUCCCAGCAGGAAAGUGGGAGUCUAAAGGAAUCUAAUGCACAGUUAAGUAAGAUGUCAGAGGAUCUUGAUAAGUGUAAGAAGGAUUUGACUGAUUUGGAGCAUCAGCUGGAAGCAGCAAAGACUGAUUGUCAACAAAAAGAGAAGUCGCUUCAAGAACUAGAGCAACAGUUACGGCAGACCAAAAAGGAGCUCUCAGAGCAGGAGAAGUCAUUUACAGCAGAACUGAACACUAAGGAGGAAGAACAAACUUGCCUCAAAAAACAGCUGGAUGAUGAAAAAGCUGCCCAUGAAAAUAAGAUGAAAAACACUAUAACUGAGAUGGAGGCUAAGCUGAAAUCACAGGAGACGAAAAUGGAAAAGGUUAAACACAAGGCCAAAGAAAUGCACGAGAGUUUUAAGAAAAAGCUUCAGCAGAAUGAGGAGACCAUGAAGAAGGAACUUGCGAAGAAGGAGAAAGAGCUUCAGCAGACAGAGCAACAAGUUCAAGAGAAAAUUGUGGAGAUGGCCCAAAAAAGUUCCCAAGGUCUUAGCAGUGCAAUGUCAGAGCUGCAGGCCAACCAUAAGGAAGAGGUGGAGAAGCUACAUGACACCCAUAAGCAUGAGACUGAGGAGCUGGAGCGUCGUUGGCAGGAGAAGUUGGGGCAGCAGGAGGAAGAAUUAACGGAGAAACACUCGCACAUACUACAGGAGAAGGUUCAGGAACUGGAGAAAAUUUCUCAGCAACUCAACAGAGGCAAAGAGGAGAACGAGCAAGUGUUGCGUGAAUUAAAGGAUUUAAAGGAGGAGCUGGCAAUUCGGGAAACCACUGUGCAGAAACUGCAAGAAGAGCUCAACGAAGCAGCGGUUAAGCUUGAAAGUUUGUCUCAGGGCGAAGCCUUGCUCAAAGAGCAAAUGGAGUCAGUGGAGAGGAACCUUAACCAAGCUCUGAAGGAGAGAAACUCCCUCCAGGACGAGCUCAACAAGACGAAGGAACAGAACAAAGAGAAGUUAAAGAACUUGUCAGGAAAGUUGAAGGAAGCAGAGAAGCAGCGUAAAGCACUGGAAGGUUCCAGAUGUAAGGAGAGUGAGGACUUGCAGAGUAAAUUUGAGGAAACUGCCAUGCAGCUACAAGCCAGGGAAGCAGAGUUCCAGCAGCAAUUAAUUCUGAUCAGAAACCAAAUGGAGCAUUGCUGUCAGGAGGUUCAGUCGAAAGUGGAGUGUGGCUCUAAUGAACUCUGUCAAAGAGUUGAAUGUAGGCUGAAUGAGCUGAAAGACAGAUUGCUCCGUAGUCAAGAAAAGGUAGUGAAUCUCAAAAACGUCAUCCUCACUAAAGCAGAUAGAAUUUGCACUUUAGAGGACAAUCUCCGCCAGCAAACAGAGGAGAAUAAGAAUCUAUGCAUUUCAUUAGAACAGAUGACUGCUCAGGUAAAUGCUCACAUGGAGCAUGUCAAUGCCUUAACUCAUGAGAAGGAGAAUCACUCUCAGUCUAUCAACGAGAAAGCUCUGAAAAUUGAGGAGCUGAAUGAAGCAAACAGACUCAUAUCAGAAAGUAUGAAAGCAAAUGAGUUGCAAAUCGGUAACUUGGAAAGCAUCGUGAGUGACUUGAAAAAUCAGCUAGCAAGUAGCAUAAAAGAGAAGGAGGAAGCCAUAAAUCAGCUGAACCAGCAGUAUAAAGAGGAGAGACAACAGGCUGCUGCUCAAAUGGAGGAGACCAUUCAGAGAUUAGAGCAGGAGAGGAAGUCUGCUUCAGAGCAGGCAGAUGCACUCAGGAACAGUCUGUCUGAGUAUGAGAACAAGGCAGAGACAAAGUUCGCCCAGAAUGAUAACACUAUUACGUCUUUGCAGACCAGGCUCGAUGAGCUGGAGCGAGAAAUCUCUGAAAAGAACGAAGCCCUGCAAAGGCUGACGGCGAGUAUUGACAAUCAGUCCAUCAGUAAGUCUGAGAUGGACCAGGUGUUGAGCGAGAAGGAGCAGACGGUCAGCGGGCUCACCUCAGAACUGGAGAGUUGCAUAGGUCGACUUGGUGAGCUCCAGGAGCAGUUAGCCUUAAAGACAAAAGAGUGCGAGCAACUCACAGCAGACCUCAAACAGCAACACAGCGUCAGGGAGAAUGAAAAGAGGGAGUUGGUGGAGCAGCUGCAGCAGACCCAGAUGCAGUGCGCUCAGAAUGGUAACUUGGAGCAGGAGAUGGUCGAAAAACUACGCUCUCUCGAGGAAGACAAUCAAAAGUGUAAAGAAAAGCUUGAAAGUCAGAGGGAGGAAUUUGAAAGGACGAAAGAUGAGAUUAUCAGGAGCAAAGAGGAGAGUCUGAAGGCGGCUGAAGAGAAGUUGUCUGCGGAGAGCGCUCGGAAAGUAUCAGAGCUGAAGAAGAAAGCUGAGCAGAAAAUCGGUCAGAUUAAAAAACAGCUAACCUCGCAGCUCGAGGAAAAAGAGCAGGCGGUUAAGGCUCUUCAGACCAGCCUGGAGGAAAUCAAGAGCAGCGAAACAUCCAGAAAACAACACGCAGAAAUGUUAGAGGGGCAAACAAAAACACUUGAGGAAGCUCUGGUAAAGCUUAAGGAAGAGCAGGAGCAACAACUCAAGCAGAUUCUGAGUAAUGAGAGGCUCGAGAAAGAAAGGUCUUUAGAGGAGCUGAAAAACUUGUAUGAAGAAAAGCUGUCCUCGCUUCAGAGUGAUGCAGCACAACAAGGGGAGCUGAAAGAAACAGAAUCAGCGCUGCGCGAAAUCGAGGCAAAGCUAAAAGAAGCAGAAGAGCAGAAUGGAAACCUUCUCGCAGAAAUAAAUCGUCUGAAAGAGGAGAUAUGUGCGAAGGAUGCCCAGCUUGAGGAACAUCAGGCAACUAUUAAGCACGCACAAAACCCACCAGAGCUCGAGGCAGAGAUCAAGGUGGAAUGUAGCAGCGUACAGCAAACCAGGAGCGCGAUGCAAACCGAGAUGGAAAACCACUCUCCGAUGCAAGAGGUGGACGGUGAUUCUUUGGAGUCUCUCAAGGACAAACUGAGUCAGGUGAAAAGCGAGAAAGAGAAGAUUCACAAGGACUUUGCCAGGCUACAGAAGGACAUGCGAGUUCUGAGGAAGGAGCACGAACAGGACCUGGAAUACAUGAAGAAAGAGAUGUUGGAGGAGACUGAGAAAAGGCUCAAGCUGGAGUUGGAAGAUGUGGAGAUGAAGCACAAUUCUGCCAUCAAGCAGCUAAUGAGGGAGUUCAACACGCAGAUGGCUCUGAAGGAGAGGGAGCUGGAUACAGCAGUGAAGGAGGCCAUUGCGAAGGCCCAGGCUGUCGAGGCAGAGCUCAUCACCAGCCAUCGCGACGAAGCCAGUCAGCUGAGGAAGGUGAUUACGAAGAAGGAGGAUGAUUUGCACAGAACUGUUCAGAAAUAUGAGGAGGUUUUACAGAAUCGAGAGGAGGAGAUGGGACAAAGAGUGUGGCAGGUUCAGAAGGAACUGGAGGAGUUGCAAGCAAAGAGCCAUGAUGCUGCUGAGAUGAGCACAGAAGAACUACAGGCUCAGCUUGCUGAGAAGACGUCUCUGCUAAGCGAGGCUCGGCUGAAGGAGCAGGGCUUUGUUGAGAGAAUUCACUCGCUUGAGGACAAGAUUAAAUGUUUCCACCGAACCACUGUUGUAACUCAUCUCGGGAGCACGUACAAAGAUCCUGGAUACAACAGCAGCGAAGCUACUGAGAUGGAGUACCUGAGGAAGGUGUUGUUUGAAUACAUGAUGGGACGGGAAACAAAAACGAUGGCCAAAGUGAUUACUUCCAUGCUCAAGUUUCCUCCGGACCAAGCGCAAAAGGUUUUGGACAAAGAAGACUCAAAAGCGAUUCCUUGGUUACGAUGAGCGUGUGAAUGAUUCAGGUAUUAAUGGAUGAAAAUCUGCUGCUGCUGCUGCUGCUGCUGAAGGGAACGACUGCCAUGGAUUUGAUCAAGCCCUUCUCUCUGCAUCUCGUGUUAUGUUAUGUGUGUGAAUGUUUGUGUGAGCGCACACUGGGACAUAAGUGUGGUGUGUGUGUGUGCGCGCGCGUGUGGUGCCGUAUGCGUGAAUAUAUCUAAAGGUAUGAGGGAUAUAAGAGAAUAUGCCAGAAACACAAAUCUUCCAUAAAUCUAGUUUUACCCUGAAAUUAAGUUUUGUUAAUUUAUAUGUUUUAGAUGAGGUGAAAUUGUUUCCCUUUUAUUUUAGAUUGUGUCUAUACAGAUUGGCUUGUGCAAUAAAUGAUAUCAUUAUCACGUGUUUGACGCUGACAGGUCAGUUGAUUUGUUAGGUUUCUGUGUUGUGCUGUCGUCUGAAUCACUUCCUGUGUAAAACUGUAAACGACCCUUUAACUGUGCACUCGCACCACGUUAAGAUAUACUGGCCUCUGGACCUUGUUUGUUUAACAGCUUUUCUAUGCUUUAUAUUUUGUCACUACACUGACAUAGAGACACAUAAAUAAACACAAAAAAAACACAAAAACUGUAAAUUGUAUUAUGAUAAUUAAGACUGUACUAUAGGGCACUAUAUGACUUGCUAUACAUUUUCAAACUAACAAAAUAAAUCCUAUUUACAGAA